AUGCUGAAAAUAUCCGGAGCGACACUUUGCCUUUGUUUGUUGACUGUGUUGGUGUCGUUCCCGGGGACUUGCUCACCGGCUGGCGUUAAGGGUUUCGAUGAAGAUGCUUUCACCAUCCAGCACGCAAGCACAAAGAAGUGCCUUGGAACAGAGACUUCAGCAGACUUCAGACUCGCCACCUGUGACCCAGACAACAGGUCCCAGCUGUGGAAGUGGGGUUCAGGUCACCGGCUCUUCCAUGUGGCCACGUCCCUUUGCUUGGCAUUGGAUGUCCGCUCUAAGAAAUUGUCCCUGGUUGACUGUGGCUCCAGCAUCCUGCAGCAGUGGCGAUGCCUGGAUGGAGCUGUUUUCACCGUUUACCAGAUGGGCCUGGUGACCAGCGAGGGCAAAGUUUCCGCCAAACGGGACACUAAUGAGACUUGGCUAAGAGGAGGAUCUCAGGACAACAUCUGCCAGAAGCUAUACCGCAUUGUCCACACCACCAAUGGGAACUCUGCUGGGGCUCCCUGUGACUUCCCCUUCAAAUACAAUGGCAGCUGGCAUCAUGGAUGCCUCCCAGAUGCAGAUUUACCUGAACUGUCCUGGUGUGCCACCACAUCAGACUUUGAUCAAGACAGAAAGAUGGGAUACUGCCUAACACCUGAGGAAGGUUGCCAGACUCUGUUUGCUGGGCCGGAAGGGGAAUCCUGCUAUGAGUUUGUUUCCAGUGCCGCGGUGACCUGGCAGCAAGCUUUGGAUUCAUGUCGCAGUCAGGGAGCUGACCUGCUGAGUGUGUCGGGGCCCAAUAAUUUCCACUCCAAAACCAUGACGAAUUUGGACGGCUUCAACGAAAUGCCUGAGAGGAUGUGGAUCGGCCUUCAUCAGUUAGACACUACUCAGGGCUGGCAGUGGUCGGAUGGCUCCCCUCUCUCCAUCCUGCGCUGGGAAACAGGAAUGCCCUCUACCUCCCUGAUUAUUGAGUCAGACUGCGGAGUAUUGAACUCCAAACAGAACUAUGAAUCAGAGUCGUGCAACAGACGGCUGCCAUACAUCUGCAAGAAAAGCGUCAAUGCCUCUCACACAGGAACCACAGAGUCUUCUGUAUAUAAAGAAACAGUAUGUGCCGAGGGUUGGGUCCCAUGGGACGGUUGGUGUUACAAGUUAGUGAAGGACAAUCCCAGAAACUUUACAGAUGCCAUCCUGCACUGUAACAUUACAGAGGGAGGAGGGGGAGGCUCUCUGGCCAGCCUCCACUCCAUUGACAGCAAGGAAAUGAUCAGCACUAAUUUCCACAAAGAUGGCCAGUUCUUGGAUGUGUGGAUCGGUCUGAUCGGUGACCAGUUGAGCCCCACUGUCUUCAAGUGGAUCGAUGAGGCACCUGUCACCUUCACCUACUGGGACACAUACCAACCAGUCCAACCCACUCAGCAUCCUAGCUGUGUCUUCUAUGCUGGAGAGUCUCAUGGUUGGCGGAUUGGGAACUGCUCACAGAGGCUACCUUUCAUGUGCCAGAAAAAAGGAGAGGUCAAGGAAUCAUCGUCACAGACUGGAUGUCCCUCGGAGGGUAGUUGGAGGAGACACGGCAACUCCUGUUAUCAAUUGAACAGCAAACAAGUAUCCUUCAAAGAUCGCUGUAACAUCACAAUAAGAAACAGGUUUGAGCAGGCCUUUAUCAGCCGUCUGCUUGGAGAGCAGAUCAGCAAGGACCCUCAGUACUUUUGGAUAGGGCUGCAGGACAUUAAGAACACAGGGGAAUACCAGUGGCUGAGUCAGGAUGGGUCCCCGGGUGUGGUUACAUACACCAACUGGGGUUGGUUUGAACCACAGCGAGAUGGGGGUUGUGCAGCGAUUUCCACCACAAAACCCCUGGGCAAGUGGGUGGUGCAGAACUGCACCAAUUUUAAGGCUGGCACCAUAUGUAGAAAGGAUCUCAGUCCGCCUCCACCCCCAGAACCAGAGCCAAACCCUAAUGCAACCUGUCCUGAUGGAUGGGUAUCCAGACCAAACAUCAAAUACUGCUACAAGGUGUUUCAUGAGGAAAGGCUGAGCAGGAAGCGCUCUUGGGAGGAAGCUGAGAGGUUCUGUCAGGCUCUGGGUGCCAACCUGCCCAGCUUCACAAGUAAUCUUGAGAUGAGGGCUGUGCACAGCAUCAUGAGAAAUAUCAUCAGUGAUAAUCGAUACUUCUGGGUUGGCCUGAACAGGAGAAACCCAGCCGAUCGCUCCUGGCAGUGGAGCAACGGCCAGCCUGUAUCUAUGGAUGUUUUACACCAGGAUUUCCAUGAGGAUGAUGCAUACAGUCGGGACUGCACUGCAUUCAAGACAAUGAAGAGCUCCUUGAAACACCUGUUUGUGUUUCUUCUCCACGACUUACCCCCCACUCCUUUCUUUGCCACACCAUUUCACUGUGACGCCAGACUAGAGUGGGUCUGCCAAAUACCCCGUGGAAAGACUCCAAAAAUCCCAGACUGGUACAAUCCAGGUGGCCACCAUGAGACAUCGAUCUUCAUAGAUGGAGCAGAGUUUUGGUUUGUUAUUGAGCCUAAACUAUCUUUUGAGGAGGCAAAGCUCUACUGCAGUGCAAAUGGCAGCAAAUUGGCUACACCACAGAGUUCAACUGCCGGCUCACAGAUCCACCAGGAAAUAAGAAAUCUAUCAACUUCUUCCAAGCAAAGCUGGUGGAUCGAUUUGAGCCAGCCCGGGCGGAUAUUUCCCAUGUCGUACACCCAGAUGUACUUUUAUCAUUCAGUUUUCCUGGGCAGAUGCACCUCCAUGAGUCCUGAUAACUACUUUCCAGAUCAUGAGCUCAGCUGCCAGCAGCGACUGCCCUUUGUGUGUGAGAAACACAACGUCACGUCGGUGGAGAUAAACCCUCUGGAUCCUAAACCUGAUGGACAGCCCUGUGGAAACAACUCUCUGUCCUUCAGAAAUAAGUGCUACACGCUGAUGAAGAGCAUGAAGCCUGUGACAUUCAAGUAUGCUAACGAGGACUGCCAGUCAGUGAGGGGAACCCUGGUCACUAUAUCAGAUCAGGUGGAGCAAGACUUCAUCACCACCCUUUUGCCAAACAUGAGAAACAUGGACACCAUCUGGAUCGGACUGAAAAUCAAAAGAGGCGACCCUGAGUGGAUGGAUAACACUCCUGUGAACUACCUCAAUUUUAACCCACUGCUUCUGGGCAUGAACAAGGCUAUAAAAGUCAAUACGUGGGAUCCAGAGAGUAUGGAUUUGUGUGUGUUUAUGAUGAAUAUCCCCAAAUCCGCCAUGCUGGGUACCUGGGACUAUUCUUCCUGCACUCAACCUCAACACUUGUCCGUUUGCCAGCACUAUGCAGAUAAACUAGAGGAGCCCCAAACCCCUACAGAGCCCUUCACUGUCGGCAACCACACCUUCCAGCUGCUGGUCAAAAAUCUCACCUGGUUUGAAGCCUUAGAGCAGUGCAUGAGUAACAACAUGGACUUGGCAAGUGUGGCCAACACCUUCAUUCAGUCCACCCUCACUGUGCAUGUGAGCCGUGCGCGCAUUCCCAUGUGGAUCGGUCUCUUUAGUGAAGACGAUGGGAUCCACUACCGUUGGACUGACCACAGCCACACUGUGUUCAGUCGCUGGUCCUCUGAUGACACCAGUGGCUCGUGUGUCUACCUUGACACUGACGGCUUCUGGAAAGCCACACAGUGUGAGGAACAACUGGGAGGCGCUAUCUGUCAUAAGCCACAUGAAGAGAUCAUCACCACACCAGAGGAUGUUGCAGUGAAGUGCCCUCAUAAGAUUAACGGUCCAAACUGGAUCCCCUUCAAGAACAACUGCUACUCCUUCCAGUUGGUAGCCACCAGAUGGGAGCAGUUCGACAAAGGAUGGAUUCAGGAGACCUGCAAAAAACUACACGCAAAUGCAGACAUCCUGACCAUCAGAAAUGCAGAGGAGGAAGAGUUUAUUAAGCAGGAGCUCAUACCUUUUAAAAACCUGGUCCAGUUUGUCUGGCUGGGGGUGUUCAAGGAUAAAAACGAUAACCAGAUGAAGUGGUAUGACGGCACAAAUGUCCAAUAUUCCAACUGGGCUCGAGGCAGACCAGACAUAGAUGGACCAUUCAUGGCCGGUCUCACCAUUGACAAAGGGUGGAUUCUCAUCUCAAACCCAAACCUGUUCCCAGAGUUCAAACAAAGAAGUAUUGUGACCUGCAAACUGGAUAACGAUUCAAAACAGGAGUACAACCAGUCAGCCAAGGAUCUCCAACAAUACGGCAACUUAAACUAUGAGGUCAUAACCCAAAAGCUGAGUUGGUACCAGGCUCUGAAAGAGUGUGAUCAGCGUGGAGGCAACCUGGCGAGUGUCAACGACUUGGAGCACCAUGCACAUGUGAAGCUCAUUGCUAAGACAGAUGGCUUCCCGCUCUGGAUCGGCCUGUCGAACCAGGAUUUAAGCAGCUCAGCCUACGAGUGGUCCGAUGGGACUAGAUUUGACUUCAAAGUCACAAUCGUUGACUCAAAGCAGAGGUCCAGCUCAGACAAACUAGAACCCAGCUGUGUUUCCGUAACCCCUACCGGAGACUGGGUGAGGACCAGCUGCAAUGAGUUGGUCGAGGGGGCCAUCUGCUAUACCACCAACAUCACCACCACCUCCCAGCAAUCCAAGCUGCGGGCUGCCCAAGAGGCCAGUCACUGCCCUCAGAGCAAUGGUAUGUCCCAGUGGGUGCAGCACCAGGAUCACUGUUACGCCUUCAACAUGAGUCUCUACAACUACAACGUGUACAGCAUGGAGCAGGCCAAGAGCAUCUGUCAGAGCAUGGAGGCUGAAUUGCUGACUUUAAAAACCAGAGAGGAGAACGACUUUGUGACAAAGUACAUGAACGAUAACCCUCUCAUCACCAGUCGCAUAUGGCUUGACGUGGUCCUCGAUGAUAAAGGUAAGCCUGUAUCCUGGCAGGACGGCUCGGCUCUGGAAUACUCCAACUUUAAGUCCUUGCCUACUAGUAAGAAGUCGGAGCCUCAGUGUGCCGUCAUGAUUGCGGGAGACGAUGCGAGCUGGACUCUUGUCAGCUGCAAGGCGAGCCACAGUCGCGUUGUCUGCAAAACUGAAGCAAAGUCUUCAGGCUCCCCUGUGGCACUGGGUCUCUUCAUCGUGGUCCUCAUCGCUCUUGUUUUAGCCAUCGGCUUCAUCGUCUAUAAGAAGAGGAGAAACUACUUCUCUUCCACCGUCCGCUACGAGAGGACGCUAGAUGACUUGGACACCACCAGUAUUAUAACAGAAGCUGAUUGAUCGCGUUAAGGAGUCAGCCUCAGGGAGUACUGAUGUGCCUGCCUCGUGUGCAUUUUAGUUCCUCUGAGCAGGAGCAAAAGCUACCUUCCCCCCCUUUUUUAAAUUAUUUAUUUAUCAUGCUCAAACUGCACAAACCGAUUCAAACUUGUCUGUCAAACUGUAAAUAUUGUUGGAGAAUUGUGAAUAUUGGCCAAAAACUCGGUUUCUUAAUUUGGGUUAUUUUAGAUGUUUAUAAGGAGCCCUGUGUUAUACCUAAUGUAAAUACCUGGGCUGAUGGUUUCUGGUAAAUGAUGAUUUUUGAGAUGGUUCUUUACUCUUUUUUGUGUGUGUGUUUCUUUUUGUGUUAAUAAUAUAGAUUGUGAAAUCAUUUUUUUAUUUACAGAAACAUGCAGCCUGAUAAAACACUCCCCUCUGGCCGGGGUUAAAUUGCACUGAUGUAUGAGUGACUCCAAACCAUCCGAAACAAUAAUGUGCAUUUAUUGAUUUACUGCUGUAUUUACAUUAUUCAAACUAUUCAAGCUUUAAUUUUCAAAUACAGAAGGUUUGCAUUUUCACAUAGCUUAGCGAUAGACUUAAAAGGUCAGUUCACCUGAAAAUAGAGGAAGACUUGUUUUCUUUGACCUUGAGUGUGAUAUAUUUGAAAAGUUUCUCCCUCAGAUACUCCCCAGAUGUGACUGUUAACAGUUUUACAGCUAGUUACGCCUCGUAACUGUUAACAAAGGGAAGAAACUAAAGACUGUUCACCAUACAGGUAUAUCAACGUUUAAAUGGGCUCUGCGGAACUUCUGUGUGCCGAAAGCCAGUUGUUUUAUGUUUAUGUUGGCGUUCAUCAUUUCUAAGCUGACAUUAGGUAUUGUUGCUCUCUGUUAGCAGAGUGAGAGAUGUACUGAGAGCGCGCAUAAAGUCACAUCCUUUGGACUGUCGCUAAAAAUCUUACACGAGUCCUUAACGAUGAAAUCCACAGUCCAGCAGCUUCAAACUACUUCAGCAAAUCAUCCACAGGCUUGUAUAGAAAACCAAAAGAGACUUUUUCGCAUUUUUAGCAUCACGCUACUGUUACCUCCCAUAAGUGAUUAACAGAUGUUAAUGGCUAUUACUUGUUGCGUAGAACCCCUUUGAUUGAAUUAUACUUUACAGGCAACGUUGCUGUUGAGCACUUUAUGCUGCUUUUUUUUUUUUUAAUUUGACUAGGACAUCGGCUCCACUUUAUUAGAGACUGCACUCAAGUUGUAGAGAAAAUAGUUUUUGCUAUGUGUUUUUAGUUGGACUGUGCCUUUAAAUGAGUAGGAACACUGACUGUGCCUUUCAGCAUCAUAACUUCAAAAACAAAUGGGGGGUUUUCAGCCACUGCAUUGGGUACUUUCCAGUGUAUUUACUGAUUGAGUUGACUUAUUAACACCUAAUAGUUGUCAGUAUAGAAAUGAUGGGGAAAUAAUUACCAAGUUCCAGUCUUGCUGAUUGAUUUAAACGUGUAGGACACUGUCUUAAAAUCAGUCAGGCACUUGUGUGUGUGAAGUGUCUGUUUAUGCCGAUCAAACUUUCCUAUGCACUUAACUACUGAUUAAGAUCGCACUUUAAAAUGUCGUGGAGCUACAGUUCCUGCUAUGUUUAAGCACAACGAGGUCUGAGGAGUUUUUAAAGACGUUCCUGUUGCACUGCCGUUUUGCUGUGAAUGCUUUGUAAAUAUGUGAUGUUUGUUUAUAACUGAGAAUGAACCAAAGAUUGCUCUGACUUGUUUGAAUGUCAAAAGCCUGAGCUUUCCUCGGCACGGCUUGUUAACCCGUGUUUUUGUUUUUUUUUUACUUUCCCAACACUCCUAAAGAGAUCUGUCAGCUCAAAUCAGGUACAGCAUCCUCCAAAUAAAAACUCAUGUCUUCAAACACCUGUC